UUGGUUUCUACAGGUGUCUCCAUGGAAGCCAUCCUGAAACUCUUUGGAGAAUACUUCUUUCAAUUCUGUAAGAUGUCUGGCUAUAACAGGAUGCUACGGACACUGGGAGGAAAUCUCAUGGAGUUUAGAAACCUGGAUGCCCUCCACAGUUACCUGGCACUCUCUUAUCAGGAGAUGCAUGCACCAUCGUUUCGUGUGGAGAGAGGAGCAGAUGGGAACAUGUUUCUCCAUUACUACUCAGAUAGAAGUGGUCUGUGCCAUAUUGUACCAGGUAUCAUUGAGGCUGUGGCCAAAAACUUCUUUGACAUUGAGGUAACCAUGGACAUUCUUGACAUGAAUGAAGAAGUGGAGAAGACAGGGAAGAAGGAGCAUGUUGUGUUUCUGAAGGCUCACAGGAAGAAGAGAAAGGCAAAGUCAAAAAGGCUACAAGACAGUCAGGGCAUCGAGAGAGACCAAGAGGCCCUCCAGGCAGCUUUCCUCAGGAUGAAGGAGAAAUAUUUGAAUGUUUCUGCUUGUCCUGUGAAAAAAUCCCACUGGGAUGUUGUGAGAAGCAUAGUCAUGUUUGGAAAAGGGCAUCUCAUGAAUGCCUUUGAGCCCAUUUAUCCUAAGAGACUCUGGAUUGAAGAGAAGACAUUCUGCAACGCUUUUCCUUUCCACAUUGUAUUUGAUGAAUCACUACAGGUGAAGCAAGCUGGAGUGAACAUUCAGAAGUACGUGCCAGGACUCCAAACCCAGAAGAUUCAACUGGACGAGUAUUUCUCCAUCAUUCAUCCUCAAGUUACCUUCAACAUUUUCAGCAUCUGCAAAUUUAUCAACAGUCCAUUUGUCCUGAAGACACGAAGAGAAAUGAUGCCUGUAGCAUGGUAAAGUCAGACCACACUCAAAUUUCGAGGCCAGAUGAUCUGGAUGGAGUCCAUGCAGUGCAUGGUGUACCUGUGCUCUCCGAAGCUCCGCAGCCUGCACGAGCUGGAAGUCAAUAUGCAUCUUUCUGACAGACCCGAUGACACCACCAGGGAUCUCAUCCUCCUGAACCAGCAGCGGCUGGCUAAGAUAGAGUUGUCCAAUCGACUGGAAAUGAAGAAGAAGGAAGAGCUAUGGGUCCUCUUCAAGCACUUGGCCACCGAAAAGAAAAAAACAGAGACCUUGCUUUAUGCUAUGCUGCCCAAACAUGUGGCCAACCAGUUGAGGGAGGGCAAAAAGGUGUCUGCAGGAGAAUUUAAAAGCUGCACGAUUCUUUUCAGCGAUGUGGUGACAUUUACUGACAUCUGUGCUGCCUGUGAACCUAUACACAUAGUGAACAUGCUGAACUCCAUGUACUCCAAGUUUGACAGAUUAACCAGUGUGCACGCAGUCUAUAAAGUAGAAACAAUAGGAGAUGCUUAUAUGGUGGUAGGAGGCGUACCAGUGCCUACUGGAAGCCAUGCUCAAAGAGUGGCUAAUUUUGCCUUGGGGAUGAGAAUUUCUGCAAAGGAAGUGAUGAAUCCUGUUACUGGAGAACCCAUCCAGGUAGAGGAAUAUCUCAUCCUCACUUUCCCCAUGGCCCCUGUCCCACUUCAGCAGGCUGAUGUCUGGGAUCCUCCCUCCUCUGCUGUUGUGUGUCCUGUGUCCUGGACUUUUCCUCUUGAUGCCUUAAAAAAUCAAGGGUUUGAAAUCAUUGAGAGGGGUGAAAUCGAAGUGAAAGUUAAAGGGAAAAUGACCACAUACUUUUUGAUCCAGACCUUGAAUGCCGCAGAGGACAAGAUCAUGGGGAGAUCUAAAACCCCACUUGAUCACAAGGGGUCAACACAGAUGGUGUCCCUGCCCCCCACGGAGCUCCAAGACUCAGUUCAACCAUCUUGCCCUGAACACUCUUCUCUUGUAUCCUGGUUAUGAUGAUGUUCUUUGAGCUGGGCCGAUAGAUCCAGCUGAAGAGUUCUACAUACAUUUGUCUUCAGGUUCUUCUCUGGGCGUUUCCCAUGCAGCUCUCUGGUAGCUGGGGAAUGAUUUGUGAGUGCUUCCUCUGCUCCCCAGCCUCAGAGGCUCCAGC